AUGUGCUACCUCUGCAAGGAUACUGGACACCCGGCGGCCCUGUGCCCGGACCGUCCGCUGACUGAUGAGCUCAUGAUGUAUGGCCAUGGCAUCGAGGGCCUCGGGUUCUUCCACGUCGAGGUGGACGAUCUACCACCCCCCUCCCCAUCGCUCCAGGCAAUCGUCACUGUCGUGGGGGUGGGUGUUGCUUCUUCGGAGAUGGUCGAGGCUGAGCUCAACCACCUGUGCCGGCGUGUGUGGGACUGGCAGGUGACUCUGACCUCUGCCAGUUCUUUCACCGUGGUCUUUCCUAACUCCAUCAGCCUGGGCCUCUGGACCCGCAGCGACAACAUCACCUUGGCCCUGAACAAGCUUGUGGUCAACACCUCUGAGCCUAAGGCCGACCCCAAGGCGGUCGCAGUUCCGGAUACUGCUUGGAUCCUCAUCGCUGGGCUACCUGAUGUCGCCCGGUCCGAGCGGGUCAUUCGUAGUAUGUCCAAGAUCCUGGGCAAGGUGGUGGUGGUGGACGAGCUCUCGCUCCGCAAAGAGGAGGAGGUCCGGGUCAAGGUUAAAUGCCUCGACUCCGACAAGCUCCGUGUCACCAUUCGCGUCUUCUUCAACGACCUGGGAUUUGACCUCAAGAUCUCCCCCGAGCCUCCCAACCACGUUGGGCGCCCACGCUUCUCUGAUGAUGAGCACUUUGGUGGUGGGGGCACAGACCGGCGUGACGACUCCCACUACCGCCGGCCGCGCCCCUCCCGCCACGAGGAUCCGGACGACGAUGAUGAGCGUUCGGGCCACAGCCGCUCCCCCUCGCGCGACCCAACUCCGAGCCGUGGGGGGACGGGCGCUAGCUCGGGCCGCUCGCGUGGACUGACCCUUGCUGUCGGGGCUGCUCCCGCAGUGUUGCCGGCGGCCGCUCCCUCCUCCUCCGCGGAGAUGAGUGACAUCUCCAGCGUCGGCCUUCUCGUCACUCCGCCUUCCUCACCACGCUCGCCCUGCUCCACCCCAGCGCCCGGUCCGCCGCCUCCGACCCUGGAGGUGCCCCUUCUGGCCCCGGCAGACCCCCCUUCGGACAUGCCUCCCUCCGGCGAGCUCCUUCUGCUCGGCUCCCCUGAGGGCGCACCGGCGCUGCCCGUUGCCGCCUCCCCGGAGCCCGUCGUUUCGGCAUCGCCGGAGGAUCGCCCGCCGGCCCCAGACUCGCCCUCCCCAGCACUGCCAAGGUCCGACGCCUGCCUAGAGCCCGCAACGACUGCUUCCCCGACCUCUCUGCCCGCGACGACUGCUUCUCCGACCGCUCUGCCCCUGGGGGUUGCUGCGGACGUGGCCACCCCCGUCGCCCCCCACCCGCCCCGGACUGUGCCGUACGCAUGCCGGGCUCGGGCCUCGUCGACUCCGGUGACUGCCUCCCGUCGCAGUGCCCGUCUCGACGCGGACCGCCCUACUGGAGGCCCACCGCCGUCCAUCUCCGAGCGCGCUGAGAUCCGGGCCGCGGCCUUGAACCUCGAGUCAGGUGCGAUCGACAUCCCCCCUCCCCCCAGUUCAUCCAGUUGCUCGUUUUCUGCUCUUGAGGCUGUUCCUCUGGGCAACCUCGCCAAGGUGGCCGCGGACUCGUCCGUCGUUUUCAGGGGGGAGGUUGGACCCCCCUUAAAGCAGAUUGCUGCGAUCCAGGCCCGGGAAAUCCUUGAUGGGAAACUCGCUGAGACCCGGGCCCGCCUCCUCCGCACUCCGGCUCCCCAGCCCUCUGCGCUGGAUAUCCGUGGCCGCACCCGCUCCCGCACUGCGGCGCUCAGGGCUAGUAGCGCCUCCUCUGUUCUGGGGUCAAGCAGCCCCCGGAUGGGGGUUUAG